UAUUGUCUUCACACGUGGUAUGAUUCCGCCACUGCGGUGUAUCAUCACCGGCGUGGGCGAGGCUUCACUUGUUCUCUUCUGCACGCGGCGUUGCCAUGGGAUGUUCGUCGGCGCAUGUUUGCCGAUUUUGCGUCCGGUCGCACUAAUAUUCUUUGUGCCACAGAUCUCGCUGCACGUGGACUGGACGUGCAUGUAGACGUUGUGGUGAAUUUUCACAUGCCUACAAAUGCGUUGGUGUAUCUCUCGCGCGCAGGACGGACGGCACGGCAGGGGCGUCUUGGCCGUGUGUACAGUCUUUAUACAAAACAUCAGGGCGUGAUUGUCUCUGCGGUGCGGGCCUUUUUAAAGAAAAACAUUCCGUUGGAGGGGGUGAGCAACUCAAAGUCGCACAUGAUGAACCCGCGCUACGCGGAGUGGCGCACCCACAAGAUGAACGCCAUUGCCCGCUCGUACGUCUCGCUCAUUACACAAAAAACAAUUCCCGCUCACUUGGAGCGGACGUACCUGCACCACAAUGCCACCUGGCGCCCGUUGUUUCACCCCCAGACAACAGGCAUUCACGCAGGUGUGCCGCCGCGUCAGCAGCAACGUGUCAUGGACGCUGUAACGGAGCAGGCGGUGUGGUUCCGCCGUGGGCAACUUGCAAGACGAAAGGGUGGUCGUGCAAAAUUUGGUGGACGCGACGCGGAGAGCGGUGUAUGGAACAGCAUUGGCGGCAUUACAACCAGUUGGGUGGCGAAUGCGGCGCAGAGCGCAAAUCCCGGCGGCCCUGACUUUGGCCCACCGCAGGGGCCACCCAAAUAA